UUGCUCUGCUCUUUCUUCCACUGCAUUCUCUUUUUGCUCUAGCUAGCUGCCGAUUCCUCCAUUCAUCUUCCUUCAUUUCCUUGGAUUUGCAAAGAAGAUCGAAAACAUGGCUGAGGUUGCAAGCCUACUUCUCUCCCCCUUUCUCCAAGUCUUUUUUGAUAGAAUGGCAUCCGGCGACUUUGUUGACUUCUUUCGAGGAUGGAAACUCAACGAGGGACUCUUGCACAAGUUGAAGAUAGCAUUGCUGUCCGUAAAUGCACUGCUUGAAGACGCGGAGGAAAAACAACUUACAAAGCUUGCUGUGAAAGCGUGGCUUGAUGAGUUAAAAGAUGCGGUCUAUGAUGCAGAACACGUCUUGGACGAGAUAGCCACUGAAGCCUUGCAACGUAAGUUGGACGUUGAAUUUCAAACCACUGCACGUAAGGUACGAAAAUCCAUCUCUACUUUUCUUGGUCAUUUUGUGAAGGAGAUAGAGCCAAAGAUAAAAGAGCUACUUGACAAACUAGAAUAUCUAGCAAGUCAAAAGGAUGUUCUAGGUCUAAAACAAGGUGUUGGAGGAGAAUCAUCAAAAAGAUUGCCCACAACUUCUUUGGUCGAAGAAUCUGGUAUUUUUGGUAGGAAUGAUGAUAAGGAAAAAAUAAUAAGCUUGUUCAUGCCAAAGAAUGCAACUGGCAAUGAAAAUCUAUGUGUCAUUCCUAUUGUGGGCAUGGGGGGAAUUGGCAAGACCACCCUUGCUCAGCUUGUAUACAAGGACAACAGAGUGAAGGAGCAUUUUGAUCUUCAGGCAUGGGUAUGUGUUUCGGAUGAGUUUGAUGUGUUCAUGGUAACUAAAACAGUUCUAGAGGCAGUGACUUUGUCAACUUGUGAUAUGAAUGAUUUAAAUAUGCUUCAAGUUACACUGCAAGAGAAAUUGAUGGGGAAGAAAUUCCUACUUGUUUUGGAUGAUGUAUGGAAUGAGAAUUAUGCUGAUUGGGAGGUCUUAAGCAAUCCGUUUAAAUCUGGGGCACAAGGAAGUACAGUCAUUGUAACAACACGCAAUGAUAGUGUCGCAUCAACCAUGCGCGCUGUUCCGACUAAUCGUCUAAAGCCGUUACUGGAAGAAGAUUGUUGGUCAUUAUUUGCAAAACAUGCAUUCCACGAUGGAAACUUUGAUGCACGUUCACAGUUAGAAGUAAUAGGUAGACAAAUUGUUAAAAAGUGUGAAGGCCUACCUUUAGCGGCCAAGGCAAUUGGGAGUCUCUUGCGAUCUAAACUAGGUGUUGAUGAGUGGGAAAAGAUACUGAAGAGCGAAUUAUGGGAUUCGCCAAUAGAUAAGACCAACAUUCUUCCAGCUUUAAGAUUGAGUUACAAAUAUCUUCACUCACAUUUAAAGCAAUGCUUUGCUUACUGUUCAAUAUUUCCCAAGGAUUAUGUGUUUAAAAAAGAUGAAAUAGUCUUAUUAUGGAUGGCAGAAGGUUUCUUAGAAGAAACUAAAAACAAAAGAAUGGAAGAGGUUGGUGAAGAUUACUUUCUUGCUUUGGCAUCAAGAUCAUUGUUAGAACAAUCAAGUGGCAAUAAAUUAGGUUUUGUAAUGCAUGAUCUUGUCAACGACAUGGCAAAAUUUGUGUCUGGACAAUUUACCUUUAGGGUGGAGGUUGACCAUUCUCAUGAAGUUGUGAGCAAGACUCGCCAUUGUUCAUAUGUCAGAAACACAUUUAAUAAUUGUAAGAAGUUUGAGUCUCUUUACGAGGCUACUCGAUUGCAGACAUUCCUACCAUUGGAGUUCUCACCAAACCACAAUCACUUCUUCUUAAGUAAAAGAGUGACUCUUGAUUUAUUGCCAAAGUUAAGAUGCUUGCGGGUACUCUCUCUAUCUCGCUAUCAAAAUAUAAUUGAGUUGUCUGAAUCAAUUGGUACAAUUAAGCAUCUACGUUAUUUGAACCUUUCUUUCACUAAAAUUAAAAGGUUGCCUGAUUCUAUAUGUAAGUUGUGCAAUUUGCAAACAUUGAAUUUAUCACAUUGUAAGAAGCUUGCUGCAUUACCAAGAGAUAUGCGGAAACUCAUUAACUUACGUCAUCUUUAUAUCAGCAGAACUGUCAUAAAGGAGAUGCCAACGUAG